AUGGCACGUCGCGCCGCUGAUAAGCGCGUUAAUCUCGCCGUUGCCAGAAUUAUACCUCCCAUCUUGAUCGGUGUCUUUGGUUAUGCCAGUUAUGCUAUCACGAAACCAUUAUGCGUCGACUAUCUCAUACAUCCUGCCCACCAUUAUGAUCGAAGGCCUCGGACCGGCGCUGGCGCCGCUAUUCUUGCCGUUUAUUACGUCCUGCUGAUUCCUGUAUUGGUCACGUAUCUCCGACUUCUGUAUACCGUUGUCUUGGACCCUGGCUAUCUGCCGCGGGGUACAGCAUGUUCUCUGAAUCAGGCCGACAGUGAGGGGUCAAAGCACCGUCAUCGACGACAUCGUAGGAGGAAGAGUGGACAUCAUCGGUCCAAAACGACGGAGAAAACUGAUAGAUCUGACCGAGUUGACGUUGAACGAGGACUUGAGUACAAUGCGGGAGCAAAGGCAUACCCUCUGGAUGCAGAAGGAUUGGAGAGCUUCUACACCAAAGAUGUCUUUUUCAAGACAGACAGAGCGCACCACUGUCGAGAGGUUGAGCGAUGUGUUCGCAAGAUGGAUCAUUUCUGCCCGUGGGUUGGCGGCGUAGUCUCGGAGACCUCGUUCAAGUUUUUUAUCCAAUUCAUCGUUUAUACGAUGCUCUACUGCAUAUUUGUUCUUAUCGUCUUUGCGAUAUAUACCGCUGAGCUCAGGCGGGAGGCCGGAAGAACCAAUGCUCAUUGGAUUGUCUGCCUCGCAUUGAGUUCUCUUUUUGGGUUUUUCGCCUUUGGAAUGACCAUAAGCUCUGUGCAACUUGCCGCGUAUAAUCUGACAACGAUUGAGAACCUCAACCGCCGCUCGGCAGUGUGGACCUUGGCAAUACGCGUGCCCAGGCACAUCCUCAGUAAAAACUGGGCACCAACCUUCCGUACAAUCACAUACCCUCUCCCGCCUCUUCCUUCAGCUGAGUCAGAAGUCGCGCGGGAAUUCCCAGUCGGAGAACAGCAUGUGUUCGCGAUCCUACAGACCUUGCCGGGAGAAAAUCCAUUUGACCUUGGAAGUCCGCUGAAGAAUAUACAGCAGGUAAUGGGAUUCUCUUUGCUCGAGUGGCUUCUCCCUAUCAAGCAAAGUCCUUGUGCGGACCACAGUAGUCACGAGAGCGCCUUUGCCCUCGGGCCCGUUGUGACAAGGUUGAAGAAAGAGGCUGGGUUAGAAACCCCCACAGAGUCCGAGCCGGCGGACCUUGCGGGUGCCGAGGAGAUACCACACCAUGAACAAAGACGAGGAAAGCAUAGACGGCGUAAUUGA